GAUUUUGUAUGUGUUCCGUCCCACGUUCUUUGCGUCUGGUCUAUUGUCACGCCGGGGAUUCUUUGCGUACUGAUAUUCCCAUUGGGUAGGAUUGGCAGACGAUGCCGCAUGCCCGUGGCUGGGUUAGCGCCACUGGCAGACUCGGCCACCGCGCUGGACGAGUAUGAGUACGUAUUUGAAGACGUGUGGCAAUCGAGAACACAUCCCGAUCCGGAACUGUAUUCGCCCGUGUACGACGGUCGGACUGAUCACGAGAAUGAUGCAUUCCCGUAUGUCCAGAGGGAUCAUCUUCGUUUGUUGCUGCAGAUGAUGCAGUCGGUAAUCAAUAUAUGGCUGCGGCAAAUUACCGAUGAUCUAAGGCCCAAGGACGAAACAGUUGUCCUGGACUCCUUGUGUUCACAGAUCCUGGAUAUGCCUUCAGCGAGGAAGCCGGACCUGGCAUGCUCGAAUGAUUUCAUGUAUGAGGCGUGUCGAUUGACGUCGGUACUGAUGGUCCAGUCCGUCGAGCAAUUCGUGUCGUGGCGAGACGCAGCGCAGGGGACGACUCUUGUGGCUGAGAUCAAGGCGGCCCUGGCAAAGACGGAGCUCGAUGGACUGUGGGGAAAGAAUAUCGGAUUACUGUAUUGGGUUGUGUUGGUCUUGCAUUGCGCUGCUUUCGAGACGAGAGAGUACCCAUUUGCGCAUGCGUUGCAGACGAGGAUACAUUUCCAGUUGACGUAUGAGUAUCGAGACUGGCAUGGGGCGGUGAAGCCGAUGCUUGUGUUGAAGGACGUGAUGUGUGUACCAUGACGCCCAGGACAUUGGGAUGAGAAGAAGAUGUUGGUUCUGUU